AUGGAUAAUGCAGAAAAAGAAAAAAUAUUAGCUAAAUUAAAUAAAAUUAAUAGUAUAAUUGAGGAGAGGAUUUCAAUUACAUCUGAUGAAAUUGAAAAACAAAAAGUAUUGAUUGAACAAGAUAAAAAUAAUUUAAAAUCUUUGACACAAGAAAUUGUAUAUAAUGAACAAGAAAGUAUUCAAAUUGGAAAAGAAAAAGAUAAAUUACUUGAAGAAUUAGCUCAUAUGGAAAGCCAAAUGAAAGAUUUUCAAAAUGAAAUUGUAUCCAAUAAAAAUGAAAUCCAACAUUUAAUUGCCCAAAUUGAAGCGCAAAGACCAAAUGAAACAUUGAAUAUUUUAAAUCAUAUAUUCAAUCCAAUUGGUGCAUUAAUUGGUGAUUUAAUAAAUUCUUUAAUUAAUAACAUUAGAGAAUUAGAAAUUAGAAUUGGAUACUUGGUAAAUGAAUUAAAUCAAAAAUCUCAAGCUUUAAAUCAAUUUCAAUACAAGAGAGAAGAAAUGGAUAGAGUCCUAUCAAAGGUUGAUCAUAUUAAAAAUGAUUUAGAAGAAAAAAGAUAUGUUUUAGAAAAACAAUUAAAUUGGUUGGGUAUUCAAAAAACAAAAGAUGAAAAUUUGAAAUUACAAUUAGAAUUAUUAAAAUCUCAAUGUCAACUAUUAAUUGAUGACACAAACCAAGGUAAAGAAUUAUUAGAUGUUGGUAUUAAUUUAGUUUUAGAAAUUGAAGAAAAAUUAAAAUCAUUAUUUUCAUCAAAUAAUAUUCCUUUAUAUUUAAUUUAA